AUCAACUAAAAAUGGCGCUACAAAUCCACUCUCCGUGUUCCUUCUCCACGAGACCCUAUCAUCUCUUCUUCACUACCAGAAACCCUAGAUUCGCAAUCAAAUGUCAAAAUUCCCAAAUCGAAUCCGAUACAACAGAGGAUCCAUCUCGUUCAAAGAAUUCAAGCUCUUCCGGCGUAGGAUUCGGUUCACCGGCGUCUUCUUCUUCGCCGGCUAAGAAAUUGAGUGCGGCUACAUCGGGAAACAAGAAAGGGAAAGGUAAGAGAGAGGUGAAUCGGCGUGCUCCUGUGGAGAAACCUGUGUUCAUGAGCGAAGAAGGAGCGGCCAAGGCAGAGGAGCAGAGACAAAACGAAAACGCGUUUCUUCUUACUUGGCUUGGGCUUGGUAUCGUCAUCCUCAUCGAAGGCAUUAUUCUCGCUGCUUCAGGAUUCCUCCCAGAAGAGUUGGAUAAGUUGUUUGUGAAGUAUGUGUAUCCAGUGUUCACUCCAUCGGUUGUGUUAUUCGUAGCUGGGACAACUGCAUAUGGAGUUCUGAAGUACAUACAGAAUGAGAAAAUGAAGGGUCAAGAGUGAUACUAUACAACCAUGGAUAUUUGAGCUUUCUCGUGAUUGAUGUUAAAUUAGUGUGUUGCAAGCGGAGUUUGUGUAAUGGUCGGACCUUAGUCAUUGUAUAUGCAGAGAGAGCUGGUUAUGUAAAAGUAAAAAUCAGUUUGAAGUUAUUCAAGUGCCAUUUUCAUUUUAUCCUAAACAAAAAUGAAGAGUCAAGGCAUGUAUGUAGUAAUGUCUUGUUGUCAUGAACACCAGAGAAAAAAGCUCAUGGGCUGACCUGGCCCAUCCUUGUUAGGGACGUGCCGGUUUUUAUAUGCAUUUGUAUAUUAAGGGCAGAUUUGGUCUAUUUAGUACUAAAAUGAAUCUGCUA